AUGGAGCUCCUGUCCACUCCCCGCAACAUCAAGAUCACCAACAUCACUUGCGAUUCCUUCAAGAUCUGCUGGGAGACUGAUGUGAAGGACAGGGAGCGCAUCACACAUUACUUUGUGGACCUCAACAAGAAGGAAAACAAAGACUCCAACAAGUUCAAACACCGGGACGUUCCCACGAAGCUGGUGGCGAAGGCUGUGGCACUGCCGAUGACAGUGAGGGGCCACUGGUUCCUGAGCCCCCGCACAGAGUACAGCGUUGCCGUCCAGGUUGCCAUCAAGCAGAGUGACGGGGAGUAUCUGGUGUCUGACUGGAGUGAGGUGGUGGAAUUCUGCACAGGAGAUUACUCCACUGCCCACUUGAAGCAGCUACUGGAGAAGGCGGAGGUAAUCGCAGGGCGCAUGCUGAGGUUCUCUGUCUUCUACCGGAACCAUCACGAGGAAUACUUCGAUUACAUAAGGACGCACCACGGCGGUCUGAUGCAGCCCUACCUGAAAGACAGCAGCGGCAGCCACGGCUCGCCGGUCAACGGCACGCUGAACGGCAUCUUCUUCAGCUGCAACACUGAGUUCAACACGGGGGAGCCGCCGAUGGACUCCCCCUACGGCCGCCUGCGCUUCCAGCUGGACGCCGAGCACCUCUUCAACCCCAACACCAACCUGUAUUUCGCCGACUUCUACUGCAUGUACACCGCCUACCACUACGUCGUCCUGGUGCUGGCCCCCAAGGGCUCCGCCGGGGACCUCUUCUGCCGAGAGAGGCUGCCGCUGCUGGACAGCGCCCACAACCGCUUCCUGACCUGUGCCGAGGGGCCAGACGGCCAGCUGGUCUACCACCACGCUCAGGACCUCAUCUUGGAACUGAUCUACACCCAGCCGGUGAACCUGGCCCAGGGCGCCCUUGGCGAGAUCGGGGGCCACCAGCUCAUGAGCCUCUCCACCGCCGACGCCAAGAAGGACCCAAGCUGCAAGACCUGCAACAUCAGUGUGGGGCGUUAG